AUGAGGGACAAUGCCGGGCUGGCUGUACUUGUGCGUGAUCUCGAAAUCACAAACGCCGAGCUUCCACAACAGCUAACUCUCCUUCAAGCUAAAAGCACACAAAUCUGUUCUGGACAGCUAACAUUGCAGUCGAAGGCAGCCAAGAAGAAGUCGACCAAGAAGGCCAGAUCCGGAUCGGAGGCCGCUCAGUUUGACCAGAAGACGAUAAACGAGUUCAAGGAGGCCUUCGGCAUUAUGGACCAGAACAAAGACGGGAUCAUCGACAAAGUAAGGAUACUGGGCGGCGAAAACCGAAGUAUCAAUGAUCUAAAGGAUUUGUAUGCCACAAUGGGUCAAAUUGCCUCAGAUAAACAAAUUGAAGAUAUGAUCAAGGAAGCUCCUGGACCAAUCAAUUUCACCGUCUUCCUCACUUUGUUCGGCGAGCGAUUGACAGGAACUGAUCCGGAGGCAACUAUCAUUGGUGCUUUCGCCAUGUUCGAUAAGAAAGAAACUGGAAAGCUUUCAGAGGAAGAUUUGCUGAAAAUUCUGCAGAAUAGGCGAGGAGAGCCCCUGAAUGAAGAUGAAAUCAAGGCUAUGUACAAGGCAAGUCUUAAACGAGAGGUGGGUCAUCCACCAAUCGAAAACGGUGAAGUCGACUAUAAAGCCUUUGCUCAUCUGAUCACCACCGGAGCUCAGGAUGAACUUGCAAACGCGUGA